GGUCUCUAUCGGACUGUGAGCUGUGAUUACGAUUGACUGUGCAGAAGAGCCACGCGUGUUGUACUUGUGCCGGAGCCCUGGCUGCCGGGACUCGGGACUCCUCGCUUGUUCACGGAUGCCGGUGUCGUUCCAUUUGUCGGAUAUUGGUGAUCUUUUAUUUUAUUUUGUACCCGCGUCUCUAUCAUGUCGACGUGGCAGCCAUACUUGAUCCAUCACAAUAUUGCUAUACAAUAAACGCGAUCGCCUUUCGUGCUUACCCCGUGGCCAGCCAGUGCCGGCAGUUUUGCGGUUCAACUAGUGUCUCUGUUCAUACAAAACGACAACGAUUACAUAAUAACAUAUGGUGGUCCAAUGGCACAUGUGUGAGCUCGCUCCGUGUGAUUUGCCGCUAGGAGUAUGUACAAAUUAUCUUCUUAAUGUGGCGAUAAUUUAAUUGCGACUACAUUCGCUACACAGCCAUGCAGGGUCGCUGACGCGACAGGGAAAAGCGUUGCUCUUAUCAGAAAACAUUAGCCGCACCUUUUCAAGCGGUGAUAGCGCGCCGCCCGGCUCCAUAUCGAGUGCGCGCGCUACGAUUGUCACACUGAACAAACACGAACCAGACAACACCAUGUCGUAUAAAUAUUCAUUCUGUUUUCCAGAGUUCUCCGGCGGCAACAGCGCCACGUGCUAGGCCUCACGUCUGAGUUGGACAGGGGAUCUUGACAGUUUGCGCCAUGUGCUGCCAGAUCUAUCUUUCCAGCUCACGCGUGAGGCCGCUUCGUCUCGACGCCACUUCGGGAGAGCCUGUGCACAUCAUGAUAAACGCGUGAAGGAUCAAGUGGAGGUGUGAUCUCUUCACUUUUUAUGUUUAAAGUGAGAUUCAACUCCUCCAACUUAAUUCCGAAACGCUUAUACUACAUACACGUCAUAUCAACAUGAUGCAAGACCUACAGAUGCUGGAAGACUUGUUAAUAAUUUUGUAAUAUUGUGCGCAUAUUAUAUUUUUAUUUUUUAUUAUUUACUAUUGUUUUGAUUUGAUGUACAAAUUCUUUGUAAUAAUUAAAAUAUCAUAUGCAUUAAUCAUUUUUUAUUAAACUUUCAUAAUUUAUUACAAUUUCUAAACUCCUCCCUUAGCCACUUUAUGCUACAAGAGUUUACAAUUUCAAAUACUGGCGCCACUGUACACGACACGCGAGCAUUAUGGAAGACCCAACGCUACGCGACUAGUCUGAAGUGCACUGCAAAUCACUAGAAAAAAAUCACAACACCCAAAACAAAAAAUGGGCAAAAAAAUGUUGGUAACACCGGUGCGCUAAAAAAGCUUGCAAACUUCACGCACCUAACCUGCGCUGGACAUCGACUCGUCCGUAUCUCUAAACUCUGGGAAAAUGUAUAUUGAUUUUUCAAAGAAAAGUCAACCGAUGUAACAAAACACCGUUCGCGGAGUGUUUAUACGCGUAUAGAAGUGCCGCGGUCGAUGUGCUGUGUCGUCAAGAUGAUGCGACGGUGUUUGUCGUCGCGUUCCGAGUGAGAUCGGAGAGAGUGUUGCGUCGCUCGGCCGACGGCCCGGAGCCCGGCCGCGGCCAGGGCCUGGGCGCGCCAUGGACGCCGGCGCUGCUGACCCGCUGCGAGUGGCCAGGCCGUGAGUAUCAUGUCUCUUCGCCCGCACCCAUCAUCGCCUGCAGCGUGCCGUGGUCGUUCCGCCCGCGUUCUUACGUCGUGGAUUAUUUCGGUCCCUGCGAGCCCAUCCGAGGUUGCGAAACGACCCGUCCGCGCUCGUUUCUCGCUCGCGCCGAGCGGACAUUCUCUCGCUCGUGCGGUCGCGGCGUCACGGCCUCCGCGUUGCGCCAUUUCGAAACGGUCGCAUCGUCCGCUCGCGCUAGUGCUCGCGAGCCGAGGCGAGGACACCGCGGCCAGGCUGAUAGCGAUCGAGCAGCGAGCGCGGCGGCCGAGCGUGACCGCCUCCUCCCGCAUAGCCCCGGUGCCACUCGUAUGAAUGACUCGGCCAGCCGGGAUCGUAAAUCAGAAUCGUGUUUACAGUUUUUGCGGGGCGCACGAAACCUGUCGCGCCGCCCCCGAGACAAAGGGCGGCGCGAGAGGCGCUCGGCCUCGGCGCGGCCCGACCGUGGCGCUCACCAAACGCCCAAGUGAAUUAUGGCUAGGUGCAUAUAACCCGUGCACUAUACACUACACAUACCUAACAUACGCGCCUACCUAUCUAUAGCUAUAUGCAGUGAAGGCUGCGAGUACGUACCUACCUACUCAAACAAAGCAUUUUGCCCACAAAUCCAUACUGCUAGGCUCGCACGGCCAGCGUUCGCGUUCUUUGUCAAGUUUCGUACGAGUCCGCGGUGUCGGUGAUGUCAUGUGUGUGUAUGUCGUCUGUGCUAACAUCUGGCUGAUUGACAAUUGUUCAUUUUGGUGUGCAUUUUGAGGUUAGGUCGUGACUGUGCCCCGAGAGGCCCGGGAGCUCCGCGCCGCCCGCGGGGGCGCUCCGCGUCGCCAGUGUGCGUGCUGCACUGUGGCACAGUGGAUAUGGACAGUGCCAGUGCCACUGGGUGACCUGACAAUGCUCUGUGUCACGGCUAUUACUUGCAGCAAUUGCAGUAAUUGCACAUUAAACAGUUUGACUUGUAAGUGUUGGAUGUGAUUGUGGCUGUAAGUGGACAAGGUUGUGUCGGACAGUGUGUGCAGCCCGCUGCAGCCGCCUCAUGCUCAGGUGAUGUGCACUGGCAGUGUUGCGAGCAGAGUGUGGCAUUGUGUUGCUAGUUACCUAAACGCAGGUCAUUUACCUGCUUAGCAAACUAUUAACAAACUGGUAGGACUGAUAAAACUAGAAGGACUACAGGUUUUCAAGUGACUGAGUUACAUCAUGCUCAUGAUUGCACACAAAGUUGUUUUAUCUCUGCAUUCUUUGUUGAACAGUGUUAAAACUGGAUACUAGUGUCUGCCAGGCUAGUUUUUAAAUUAUUUGAAUUUGCCUUUUAAUUUGAUGGUUCCUGAGUCAAUACUUUGCAUAUUUUACACAUUUGGGACAUGUUUGCUUGCAAGUCAAGCCAGUGAAUCUAUCUCAACUUAUAUUAAACCAUUCUAACUUCACUACUUCAUAAGAGUCACUCAAAUACAGGAAAAAUUUACUCUGUUUAUAUUUAUAAACAAAUUAUCUUCAAGUAAGUCAUAAUUUGAAAACAUUGAUGGGUAUUAGGAGCAUUUGAUUUAUAGUUAUUAUGAAUUAAUUUUAUGAUGUAAUAAACAUCAAUCUGGAGUUCAUUUUGAUUUACAAUUUGUAGCUCACAGCUGAUAAAUUAAUGGCUAAAUGAAUGAAGCAAUGAUUAAUAACAACAUAAACAAUGGCAGUGUGUAAGCCUGUGUCCACAUGAGCAGUGAUUGGCGAUGCUAGCACAAGGAAUGCUGAGCUAUUGAUGUGCAGAGACAGAGUGUGUGCCCAAGUGUUGUGAUGUUGUGUCUCACUGGAUAUGAGUUCCUCGGCUCAAACAAUACCCCUGGUGUUGCUGCACCUAGUGCUCGGGAGGAGGGCGAAGAGAAGCCGAAGCCGACAGAGAACCAAGACGACGGGUACGAGACGAGCAACAGCGGCGAGGCGGCGCGCCGCAAGCCCUCGAGCGCGGAGGGCUCGCCCGCGCCGCCCGCCGCGCCCUCGCCGCCGCCCGACCCUCCCUACGAGCCGCUGCUGCGCCACUACGAGCCGGAGCCGGAGCCCUACCGGCACUUCGAGCCGCCCGCGCCGCCGCCGCCGCAGCCCGAGCCGCAGUACCAGCACUUCCCGUUCCCCAAGUACGCGGGCGACCCGUACGCCUUCAAGCGCGAGCCCGAGGUGCCGUACGACAUGAGCCAGCACCACCAGUACGCGCAAGGCAAGCGCGACGACGACCUCUACAACGGCAUCAAGCGCGAGUGCGACGACCCCUACUCCUUCGUGGAGGAGGAGGCCAUGUGCGCCAUGCUGGGGCAGCCGCAGCCGCACGCCGUGCCGCACCUGCCGCACCACGACCACCACAUGCUGCACCCGCACCAGCUGCUGCUCAACCAGCCCAAGAAGCGCGGCCGCAAGAAGAAGAUCAAGGACGAGAACGGCAUGGAGAUGAAGCCGGAGGGCGGGCUGGAGGGCGUGGUGGCGCGGCCCGUCAAGGAGCGCAAGAAGCACGACCGCUUCAACGGCAUGAGCGAGGAGGAGGUGUCGCGCCGCACGCUGCCCGACCACCUCGCAGAGAACCUCGACAUCAUCAUUAUCGGCAUCAACCCGGGGCUGUUCGCGGCGUACAAGGGGCACCACUACGCGGGCCCGGGCAACCACUUCUGGAAGUGCCUGUACCUGUCCGGCCUCACGCGCGAGCAGAUGAGCGCCGAUGAAGACUACAAGCUGCUAAACUUCGGCAUCGGCUUCACGAACAUGGUGGCGCGGCCCACGAAGGGCAGCGCGGACCUGACGCGGCGCGAGAUCAAGGAGGGCUCGGCCAUCCUGCUGGAGAAGCUGCAGACCUUCCGCCCCAAGGUGGCCGUCUUCAACGGCAAGCUCAUCUACGAGGUCUUCUCCGGGAAGAAGGACUUCUGCUUCGGCAAACAGCCUGACACCAUUGCCGGGACUAACACUUACAUGUGGGUGAUGCCGUCGUCGUCGGCGCGGUGCGCGCAGCUGCCGCGGGCGGCGGACAAGGUGCCGUUCUACGCGGCGCUCAAGAAGUUCCGCGACUACCUCAACGGCCUGGUGCCGCACGUCGACGAGCACGAGCUGGUCUUCCCCGACAACACCUCGCGCCGCCCGCAGGAGGAGAUGGAGAUCCGACGCCAAGCCAACAGACUGACGAUGGAGCCGGAGCCGGGCGACACCAUCAUCCUGGAGGACGGCACGGAGGUGCCGCUCAAGAAGAAGCGCGGCCGCCCCAAGAAGGUGAAGCUCGAGAACGGCGAGGUGGCGCCCGCCGCCCCGCGCCAGCCCCGCGCCCCGCGCCCGCCGCCCUCGCUCGACCCCACCGACCAGCCGCCCAAGAAGAAGCGGGGCCGCCCCAAGAAGAUCCGCCCCGAGGAGCAGCAGUUCCUGCUGCAGCACCAGCAGCAUCAGCAGCACCAACAGCAGCAGCAGACGAACGCGAUGGUGCAGCAGAGCAGCGGGCUGUCGGCGCUGCAGCCGGUGGCGGGGCACGGCGGCGCGGCGCACGACGGCUACCUGGCGGACUUCCCCGCGCCCAUGUACCACCAGCAGCACGCGCCGCACCAGCAGCUCACCAACGACGCCGGCAACUACUUCCAGCAGCAGCCGCCCAACUCAGGCAUGGAGUCGCCGCUGGAGGUGUCGGCGCCGCUGGGCAUGACGCGCGCGUACGGGUCGCCGGGCGCGUACGGGUCGCCCCGCGGCGUGUACGCGUCGCCGCGCUCGCAGGGCUACUCGCCCUCGCCCGCGCGGCCCGCCGGCACGCCGCAGCCCGCCGAGCUGCUGCACGCCUUCCCCGCCAGCCCCGCCGCCUUCCCCGCCGUGUCGCCGCCGCGCGCCGGCUCGGGCUACGGCUCGCCCGCGCCGCGGCUGUGCGGCCGCUCGCCGCUGUACGCGCACUCGCCCGCGCCCUACGCGCCGCAGCACUCGCCCGCGCCGCCGCCCGCGCGCUACGCCAUGUCGCCGGCGCAGCACUACUCGCACUCGCCCGCGCCCGUGCAGGCGCCGCGGCCCUACUCGCGCUCGCCGGCGCCGGGCAGCGGCACCACGCCCUUCCCGGCCGCGUCGCCCGCCGCGCUGCACAGCUACACGCCGUCGCCCGCGCACACGCCCUACAGCCAGCACUCCUCGCCCGCGCCCUCGCGCACCCCCACCUACACCGACACGCACCACUUCGCGCCGCAGGGCGGUAGCGGCACGAGCGGCAGCGGCAGCGGCAGCGGGUACGGCGGCGAGCUGUCGCACGAGAUCGGCGCCGCCAUCUCGUCGCCGGCGGCGGCCUCGCCCGUGGCGCUGGACUUCGAGCCGCCGCGCGACACGCCGGGCCGCGACUCGCCCAUGGGCAGCACCGACAUGCACCCCGGCUCCAACUCCAACUCCAGCCUCUCCGACUACAACAAGACGUCGGCCGGCAGCGAGAUGUCCCCGGCGGGCGUGGGCGGCGCGUCGUUCGGCGGCGCGCUGUACGACGGCGAGGCGCGGCUGCACGACCACUACUACCGACAGGACCAGGGCGGCGGCGUGGGCGACAGUCCGCGGCUAGACCAGAUGCAUCAGCACCAGUCAUCCAUGUACCCCAACAACUUCAACAGGUCCCCGCCGGCGGGCGGCGGCGAGGCGUUCUCCCCGCUGGGCGCGGCGUUCCGGCCGCCCGACGCGCACACGCCGCACACGCCGCACACGCCGCACGACGACCACACGCAGCACCUGCACCAGCCCGGUUCUCCCGGCGAGUACGCGGGCGCGGUGAAGCCGAAGGCGCAGGACGUGGCGUCCAAGUCGCUGUCGGGGCUGGAGUCGCUGGUGGACCAGAUCCCCAGCAUCGCGGAAGGGCCGGGCGCCGGCGCCGGGCCCGCGCCGCCCGCGCCGCCCGAGCAGGCGCCGGCCGCCGUGGCCGCGCUGCCCGACUACGCGCCCGCGCUCUACCCGCCCUACGGCGCCUACGGCGGCACCGCUUACGGGAACAACGGGUACGGGGCGCCGUUCGUGGGCUACGGCUCGGGCUGGGGCACGGCGGUGAUGCGGCCGACGCCGGGCUACCUGUCGGAGUGGCAGUACGGCUACCCGGCGGGGGUCCCCGCGGGCUACGCGCCCUACAACGCGCCCUACUACAACGGGUACGCCGGCCCGCCGCCCGCGCACCACCAGCAGGCGCACUACCUGUCGGCGCCGCCGCUGAUCGACCUGCACAAGAACGGCGAGCACGCGAGCGUGGCGGCCGUGCCCGCCGUGCCGUCCGUGCCGUCCGUCGGCUUCGGCGGCUUCUGUUAGUGCCCGUGCGCUCCUCUAGAGUAAGUAGCUAAUUGGACUGAAGCAGCGGCGAGAGGGAAAUGUUUUGUAAAGCAAUCGUUAGUGAUGUAAUUUAAUCUUUUUCAACUGAGGAGCUUAAUUUGUAGGAUUUAUUUGUAAAUAUUGUAUGUAUCGUUUCGUUUCGGUCCAUCACACGUCCGGCGGGGCCGGGCCGGCUGCGGGGGCGCGACGCACGUACUUAAUGUAUUCGGAAUGUCUGUGAUCUUCAGUGAUGUCUAACUAAUAACGAUGGCCAUUUUUAUUGCCAUACUGAAAAAUAACUAGUGUUCGGAAUUAGCGGCCGAGUGCGCUCGUAAUACGAAGUCUUGCCAAUGAUGUGUUUCGCGUUCUAGUCACUUACUAAUUCGUGUCGGCUAGUCAAAUUGAUGAAGUCGUUCCCUCGCCGCAGUCUCCCGCUCCCGGACGAGUCGCUCCAAUAUAUUGUUAUCUAAGUCACAACAACGGCCUAUGAGAUAUAUAAUGUAUACUUUUAUUUAGAUUUUAAUUUACUUACACGUCGUACCGGCGACUCUAUUUAUAUUUCAAGUUUAGCAUUUGAUAACUAUAUUUUUACAGUCGCAGGAGGCGGCCAUUUUAUAUUAAGCGGUCGUUGACCUUUACCAGUGCACCGCGCAUGCGCGCGUGACGUCACCGCGCCCUGCAUUUUACACAACGUUACCCGAACAGUUACAUUAGUUUCGGAUCGCUAGUGAAUAGCAUAAUUUUACAUAAUAUUGUAACCUAUAUUUUAUUACACAUGCGCCAUUUUAUCGUAAGGCCAAAGGGGGCGUCCGCGCCCUGCCUCCUGCACGUGGCACGUGGCUCGUGGCUCGGGGCUCGUGGCUCCGGGCACGGGGCUCGUGGCUCGGGGCACGUGGCAGUGUACGCGGGCGGACUCCUCUCUAGUUUAGUUAACGUUAACACGAUGCAUAAUGUUUACAUAGGGUGCUCAUGGGUUCAUAGUUUCCUUACUUGCGCGGGCGUCGCAACCCGCGCCGUCUUAUACUGUGUUGUUGAAGUUUUAUUUUGACUUUUGGUGUAUAAGGUAUGGGGUCGUGGAAAGAGUAUAGAUCUUACAACAUAGGGGUCCUAUUGUAGUGGUCGACACCUAGGUCCUGCCGCGUGCUGUGCGCGAGUGUGUCGCGGUCAGGACUGCCGGGAGUUAUAACAAUCUUGUACAAAAUCUUUAAUUAGUAAAGUCUUUUCUUUGCACAAAAUGAUAAAAGUCUUAAAGUCUUAAAUAUAAGCUAAAACGAAAUAACAUACGUAAUAAAGACAUAUACGUUAAUGAUAGGUUUACUCGGAAGAAUUUAUAUGAUAGUUAGUGGAUGGAUAGUCACCGGAGAGUAGGUUCGUGGUGGCAGGCGGCGGGUCUCGCGCCGACGCUGCAUGAUCUCCAAUAACGUUCUGGUCUGGCUUAGGUUAGUAUGUACGAGCUCGUACCGCAGUCUAUGCAAUGCGUCUUUUUUAUUAUUUUUUCGUAAUUCAAAAGGGGAAACAUGAUAAUUUAAAAAAAAAUGAAAUCAACAGGGUAUUUAAGAUUGCUUAAGAUAUAUUAUUUUAUAUUUAUUGUGACUUAUUAACAAUGCGUGCUCGCCUGGCGCCAUUGUGUUAGUGUUACUGAUGUUUGUUUAGUUUGUGUCGCCCCGCGCGUGCCCGCCGCGCCCGCACCGCGGCGCCACUGUCACUUGCAUUUACAGACAAACAAAUACUAUCAUAGUCAUUUGUUAUAGAGGUCACAUGACCUUGCGGCAAAUCCCAACUAUAAGAUUGCAACUCUCAAUGGAUUUAUUACAAACUGAAUUUUCCCAAUGAUCAUCGUGACAGUGGCCGGUAGCGACGCGGCGGGCGGCGCGGACACGCGGGAGAGAGCGACAAUUGUUCACAAUAACAACGCCUUGUACAUAAUGAGUGCUUUAUUACGCUUUUUUGAUAUUAUAUUUUUUAUUUAAAAUAAUAUUACAAUAAUACUAUUUCUAUAUUUUUGCUUUUAUUUUGUACAUGAGAGGUGGUGUAUCUGUAUGGAACGUUUUUGUUCGCGUCCUUUUCUAAGUACUCUUGAUACUAUGUGGUGAUAUUUUGUCAUAUCUGUCAUUAUGUUCACGAUUGCUUGUCGAUUGGAAUGUUAUUGUGAUAUGUCGGCAGCGCCACGACUGCCCGCCGCUCGCAGGCCGGCACACAGCUUGCCGCUCGCAAGCCGUGCGCCGGUGUCCGACAACUUGUGUUCUUUUCAAAACCACAAUAUUUUUGAGAGCUGUGAUCUGUUUAAGGAUAUUAUAGUACUUAAAUAUUUUCAAAUCAGUCAGCGUCGCAUUUUUAAUUCAUCAUUUUUACAUUUUAUUAUGAUAAUUUAUUACAAAUUAUUUUUGGUAGUCGUGGUGCGUCCGCUGUGAACGAAAUAAAGGCCUACACACACGCUGCCGCCGGCGUAGCGUGUGUGCGCGGCGCGAGUGGCGCGAGGUGGCGCCACAGUCGCGCCGCGCUCGCGCUACUUGUGAUCUGUGUUCCGAGCAGACGGCCGAGCGUCUCCGGCAGUCGGCCGUCUGCUGCGGACGGUAUUUGUACUUCUAAGUUCGUCUCUCGAAUAAGACUUAUCGGCCAAUAUUCCUUCCUGCAACGGAGUGCAAUGUCGGGAGAUUAGUGUUCUGUCUCGUAAUUAUUAUCUCUAUUGUUAUUAUUAUAUUUUAUUAUUACAUUGUAGUUACGUCUUGUAUAAUAGUGUCGUAAAGGGCCGCUUGCACUUAACCGUUCGGCUAACACGAGUGACUUUCGACUUUCCUAUCAGGUGCAUAAAGAUUUAGAUUUGUAUGAUAGAAUAGAGGCGAGUGGUGAGGUCGGUCGUGCUGGACUUAACUAUAGCUUAAUGUAAGUCUCUAUCAACGAGUUAGUGUUAGUGUGGUACACCACGCGCGGCGCCGGCACGCCGCUCGGCGGAGGGUACACCAGUGUAUGCAUUGAGUCGCUCAACUAUUUGUACAAUAUGUAUAUUUUUGUAAAAUUCACUCUAACUCGAGGCAAUAUUAUGACAUUUUUAAAUUUAUCUGUAAUAUUAAAACUUAGUACAAUUGUUAUAGAAUGAUUUGUUCAGUUUGGGUUCGCUCAUCACCGUAGUAGCAUUGCCUCGCUGGGCGCGCUGGCGCCGGCACGGCCGCCGGUCGCACGUCUCUUAGACUUGUAUGAUAUCGCGCCCCGGCGCUGCUUGGUUGUGAAUUAGUAUCGCUUAUGGCCCCCACUCCGUCUGCCGCUGACGAUCAUCCGCGUUGCUUCUCUCAGUAUUGUCGUGCCAAAACAUACGUACAUGCAGGAGUAACAAAGCAAUAUCGUAACUGUAGUCUCGAAUGAAAGCAAUAAUAUCUCGGCGAGUGAACGCAUCACUUACUCCGUACUUCGCCUCUCUGUUACGUUCGUCCGUCGGAAUACGUUGUCACGUCACUGUCACUAGUUUCGUACACUUAGCAUUUAUUGUAGGCGUCGGACGGCGUCGCGCCACGCAUCCCUUACAUUUUAAUGAAUUUUAAUUUAUUGUAAGCUGAAUUUAUUAUACUUAAAGGUUUUAAAUAAGGGGAUAUGAGUAUGGCGCUUGCGACUAUUGCAGGCGCUAUGUAUUUACUUACGAUGUACUUAAGCAGCGCCGCAGAGGCGCGGGAUGCGCGGCGCCACGCCGGCGACACCCGGAGGCGGAGUUCUUAUCCUAGCUCAAUUUAUUACUUAUUAUAUUAUACUUGCUUGUUAUUCAUCGUUGAAAUAUAGUUAUUUUGAACCUUGGCUGCCUGGUGGCUCCAUUGAACUAAUCCGUUGAAAGUUAUAAGUACAUAGAAGUAAAUUUUAUCGCAUAUCAUAGAGGUGUCGUAUUCCGAGUGCGAAGCCAGCCAAGGUAGUCCAGAGCCUGCGUUACUCAGUCGCGUCGCAUUAGGUGGCGGCGGCGAGCCGGCGCGGGCCGCCCGCCGCCGCGGCAAGUACAAUUUACCUGAACCUUGUUGUGUUAGUGGACGAGUGUCUGCACUGUGACUGUUGAGCGAUGUCGCAUCUCACAUUCGAUCGUGAUUGGCUCGUGUGUCCGUUUAUAAUAUUUACGCUAGCGGUAACACUAAAGUUGAUAUGUUUGUACAGUUUUUAACGAUAAAACUACUUCUCGUAGUAACUAAGCAAGAAAUAUUUUUAGUAUAAUAAGAUCUAAUCGAAUUACAUCAUAGUGUAUCAUAAUAAACUAUUCGAGGUCGAAUUUUCAAAAUUUCGUUUGACUUUGUACGAUCCUUCGGAAUUUUUGGGUUCAAUUAAAUUAUUAAUGUCUCUCAUCUGAAACUGACUCCGUGAAAUGUAAUUAGAAAUUAAACUGGAAGAAUUUUAAAUAUUGAAAUACAACAUUAAUAAUAAAUAAGUAAUGUAUUAUAAAUAGAUGUAAGGUAAAAAGUUAUUAUUAACAUUGUAUGGAAAAAUUGUGACAAAAAUUAUAGUCAUUUGUAAUAUUA